ACGGCACAGGGCGGAAACCAACGCGGCGCAGUGUCAGCUGGGUAAAACUGUCUCAUCCAGGAAGAAAGGACCAGUGCUGUUGCUUUGACGGCGAGCUGCACACUCCCCGUACACUUACACAGGACCAAAUCACUGCUCCGGUAAUUUAGCAGUUAUGGCUGAGUUGGCUGGGUUGGUGGCUCGUUUGGAGGUAGCGGUGGGGAGGCUGGAGGGCAUGUCCGGAGGAGGAGGGGCCGUUGCUCCUGCUGGUGGACCUGUGUCCAAGUUUGUGGAGGAGUACGACGACAUCGUGAGCGGAGCCGUGGCUCAGUAUCUGUCCCUCAGUCAGAAGAUUGGAGGAGACGUCCAGAAACAUGCGGACAUGAUGAAGCAGGGGUUUGCUGCUGUCAGACAGGUCCUUUUGCUCGCCUCCUCACAUCAGAAACCCUCAGAUUCGGCUCUGGGCCCUCUGCUCCAGCCCGUGUCCAAAGUGGUGACUCAGGUCCAAAACUUCCGUGAAUCCAAUCGGACGUCUGUGCUGUUUAACCACCUUUCUGCAGUCAGUGAGAGCGUGGGUGCCCUCGGGUGGAUCACUGUGGCUCCAAAACCAGGCCCCUAUGUGAAGGAGAUGACCGACGCCGCCAUGUUCUACACCAACCGUGUGCUCAAAGACUACAAGGACAAAGAUAAGACGCACACAGAGUGGGUGAAGGCCUAUCUCUCCAUUUGGACUGAGAUGCAGAAUUACAUCAAAAAACACCACACGACUGGCCUGGCCUGGAGCAAGACUGGUCCUGUGGCCUCAGCUUCCUCUGCUCCUCCUGCGACCUCUGGGGGAUGCCCUCCUCCCCCUCCACCUGGGCCCCCUCCCCCCGCUCUUGACCUGAGCACUGGAGGAGGCGGGGACUCUGGAGCUGACAACCGCAACGCACUGUUCGCCUCCAUCAACAAGGGGGCAGACAUCACUAAGGGGCUGAAGCAUGUGUCUGAUGACCAGAAGACCCAUAAGAACCCAAACCUGAGGGGGGUUGGAGGUCCUGUGCGCUCAGGGCCCAAACCCUUCUCCCCUGCCCCUAAAGCCGCUGCUCCGGCUCAGGCUCUGCCCCCUGUCCUAGAGCUCGACGGGAAGAAGUGGAAAGUGGAGAACCACGAGAACGCCCAGAAUCUUAUGAUCAGCGACACAGAACUCAAACAGGUGGUUUAUGCUUUUAAAUGUAACAAGAGCACGCUGCAAGUGAAGGGCAAGAUCAACUCCAUCACUCUCGACAACUGUAAGAAAAUGGGUUUGGUGUUUGACGAUGUGGUGGGAAUAGUGGAGGUGAUCAACUGCAGAGACCUCAAAAUUCAGGUGAUAGGAAAAGUCCCAACCAUCUCCAUCAACAAGACGGACGGCUGCCACGUUUACUUGAGCAAAGACUCUCUGAGCUGUGAGAUCAUCAGCGCCAAGAGCUCCGAGAUGAACGUUCUCGUACCUAACAAAGACGGGGAGUUUACCGAGAUGCCAGUACCAGAACAGUUCAAGACCAUUUGGGACGGACACAAGUUGGUCACCACGGCAACAGAAAUCGCUGGAUAAAAUUCUUCACCUCAAAUCCAUUUUCACAAUUUUCUAAUUUCAAAAAAAUGCCUCAUUCCUCCUGACUGACCCCAGCACCAGCUCAUUGCAAGACUGGCACCUCAAACACUUCCUCAUUCUCAGCCAAUCAAAUCACAGCUUCAGCUCCGAUAGCCAAUGAGAAGGCUGCUCUGUGUUUAUAGCAGCCUUCCUGCCAAUCACAAGGGAGCUGCUCAUUCAGUAAACAAACAUAAGGCCAGUGAGCACUUUGCUAAGAAUGAUUAAACUACAAAAAGUAAUUGCUACUUUAUUUUAAAUGGCUAAAAUUUCAGAUAUUUUUCAUUUUUGACUCGUUAAAAUUUUACUACAAAAAGUAAAAAGUACUUUAGCCAAACACGUAUAUAUCUUGGUUUGAACAGCUUUAGAAAACACAUCUGCCAGUGGAAUGGACCCUGUACUAAAGCUGCACUGUGUAACUUUUUUGCUUGUUUCGAUGAAGAUGUCACGUUGCAUAGAAUGUUCCAGAGUAUAGCAUUACACCAAGUGCAUUCUUAUUGUGGGCGGUGUUGCCUCUCCACUGAUCUAGUCUGUAACUUGGUCUGGUGGCUUCAUGUACUCCUCUCUUUAGAGAUGGAUGUUUGUUACUGUACUGUGGAACAUUUUAGACAAACUUCACUUCUUAAUACACUUAAAAAUGACUUAUAUCAUGAGAAGUGUGUUGAUCCAUUGGUGCAUGUGUGUACUAAUAUCAGGGUAAAAUGUGCUUUUUGAAAUCUAGAUCUUAUGUGCUUGUCUCCAUGGAGAUGUUAUUUUGCACAGUAUGGCAUUAAAAUGAUCUACCUCCAGAAAGGCAAAAUUACACCAAGUUACAGGUCCAUGGAGAAGAGACCUUGCUUGCAGAAGGAAUGGGUGUUUUUGAAUAAGUGCAAGAUGGAAGGGUUAAUGCCAUAGUUAUGAACAUUCUAGGUGAAGCAGUAACAUUUCUGUGGAGACGAGAUGUUUGUCAGUGUGGUGUAAAAUUCUCAUUUAAAAUUGGUAUCGGUUCAAUAAUAUCACUCACUAGUAAGAAAUCCAUUGAAAUGGCUCAGAUCUUCACUCAACUAAAUGAGUCCAAAUGAGUCAAAACUGUUCAAAAUUGUAAAUAUUUUAAACUUGAGUCAUUUAAAAUAAAGCCAAUUGGUUUUUGUCAUGUAAAAAAUGCCAAUAGCUUGAAUAAACUUAGAACAAAUUAGUUUUUCCAUGCUGUAGUUUCGCUAAUAUGGAAGGUUUAUAUAUAAGGUUAUGGCUCGUGAUUUCCAUGCUUUUAAAACAAUGGUAUUUUUGAUGGUUUAAAUUCAGACUCAAAAAUACCUGGAUUUCUUCUGCUUUGUCUAUUCCACCAUUUUGGGUCUAAUUCUUAAUG